CCUUGCAUCUUUUGCAUUGACUGUCUCGCUUUAUACCCGAUCUAAAACAAAAAUAUAAACAGAUAAGUAAAAAUAAAAAAAAUGAGUUUACCUCCUGCCCUCUUGGCCAGAUUGGCUCAACGUGGUCUGGUUAAUAAACAAAAGUCCCAAAAGGAAAAUGAACCUCCCGUACCACCUUCUCAUGCAGCUGACAAUGAAGAAGUCAUUGCUGAAGAUUACGAUGAAAUGGAUACGGAUCAAGGGCCAGGACACAACUCAGAUGACUAUCAAUAUCCUUCACAAUAUGACUUGGAUCAUGAUACGGUGCGUAAACCUGUGGAGGAAAACAAUUGGUUGGCACAAAUGAAAACACGCAUGGGUGAGGCUAACUCGGCGGCCGGCUAUCGUUGCUGUCCUAAUAAAUACAAUAUUUGGCAUAAAUGUACCGUGUAUUGUGUAAAUCGGUGGUCCGAAGGCAUUCCACGUCCAUCGCCCGAAUAUAUGAAACGCUACAAAAGAUUGAUACGCAAAUAUCCACUACCCAAGGGUUGGAUUGAAAUGUAUGAUCCCGGCUGUGGUUGUUAUUAUUUUGCAUGUGAAGCUGACAAUGUUGUGUCGUGGCUUCCACCAACACAUCCCAAAUCGGAAGUCACAAAAUGUGCUGCUGCAGUUCGAAAACAAAUGGAAGAAUCCACUGGGGAUGGAGGUACCGGGGCCGACAGUGAUGGCGAUGAACAAAGUGACAAUGAUGCAGAUGGCAAUACAAGAGAAUCUGCUCAAUCUCGCCAUCACCGGGAGGUUGAUGAAAUAAUCAAUGCCUCAAUGCGUUCAAAAUCGCCACGCUCCGUAGAUGCACACGAAUUUCCCAGCCUGCAAGAGGUGGCAGAUAGUCCAUCGGUUCCACUGCCACGCAAACAAAAAUCACGCGAUUUAGAUCGUGUUGGUCGACAGCGUAGAGAUCGAGAUCGCAGCGAUAGAGAUCGGAGUGAUCGCGAUAGAGAACGUGAACGGGAUCGUGAAAGGGAUAGAGAUCGUGAUCGUUAUUCUAGUAGCCAUGAUUCGAGGCGUCGCCAACGUGAUGAUGCUGAUAUUGUUGAUCCCAUGGAUCCAAGUUCUUAUUCGGAUGCACCACGAGGCAAAUGGUCGGAUGGCUUGCAAACUGGAGAUGGUGACGAAAGAAAGAAGAGAUCCAACGACGAUACAUCAUCGUCGAAGCGGGAUAAGGGUGGCAAUAGGAGAAGGGAUGUUCGUGACAGAAGUAAUAAUUCGGAGGAAGACGAUGAUGAUGAAUAUCAUUGAAGUAAGAAAAAUAAUAAAAAAGUAAAAUUUAAUAAAACAAC